UUUGCCAUGUUUUGCCCUGCGCGUUGUGGAAGAUGUGCCUUAGUGCUCCAGCUCUGCCUGCUGGGCUUCUCCGGCUGUGCCUGGGCCAGCAAAGAGUCCUCCUUGCCGCCUCCGCUCACAGCCGCCUCCUUCCUGCAGGACCUCUUCCUCCGCUACGGGGAGCAUGACGCCCUGACUCUGCCGCAGCUGAAAGCCCUCCUGAACCGCCUCGACGUGGGAGUUGGGCGCAGCAACGUCAGUCACGCAGAGCCGCAGCGCAAGAAUCUCUCCUGGUGUUUCAGUUCUUCAGACCUUUUUGCCACCCACAAUCUGAGCGAAGGGUCCCACAUUGGCCAAAGUGAAUUCCAAGAAUUCUGCCCAACUAUUCUGCAACAGCUGGAGUCAAGAGCCUGCUUGGCAGAGAACCUCGAGAAUGAAGAAAACGAGCARACGGAAGAGGGGAAGCCAAGUUCUGCAGAAGUGUGGGGCUUUGGCUUCCUCUGCGUGACCAUCAUUUCCCUCUGCUCCCUGGUCGGGGCCAGCGUGGUUCCCUUCAUGAAGAAGACCUUUUACAAGCGGCUGCUCCUCUACUUCAUAGCCCUGGCCAUUGGCACCCUCUACUCCAAUGCCCUCUUCCAGCUCAUUCCUGAGGCGUUUGGAUUCAAUCCCCAGGAAGACUAUUACGUCUCCAAAUCCGCCGUCGUGUUUGGGGGCUUUUAUCUCUUCUUUUUCACAGAGAAGAUACUGAAGAUGCUUCUGAAACAGAAAGACCAGCACCAUCACGGCCACAGCCACUACAGCACAGAGACCCUCCCUUCCAAGAAGGACCAGGAGGAAGGGGUCACCGAGAAACUUCAGAAUGGGGACCUGGAUCACAUGAUCCCUAACAAGAACAGCGAUCUGGAAUGCAAGAACCCAUCUGUCGAUGAGAAAAUGGUUAGCUCCUUGUCUGUUCAGGAUCUCCAGGCAUCACAGAGCACAUGCUAUUGGUUGAAAGGAGUGCGAUACUCUGAUAUUGGGACCUUGGCCUGGAUGAUCACUCUGAGCGAUGGCCUUCAUAAUUUCAUUGAUGGUCUGGCCAUUGGUGCCUCCUUCACCGUGUCAGUCUUUCAGGGGAUCAGCACUUCCGUUGCCAUUCUCUGCGAAGAGUUUCCUCAUGAGUUAGGUGACUUUGUCAUUUUGCUGAACGCGGGGAUGACCAUCCAGCAAGCGCUCUUCUUCAACUUCAUUUCCGCCUGCUGCUGCUACCUGGGGUUAGGCUUCGGAAUUCUGGCUGGAAGUCACUUCUCCGCAAACUGGAUUUUUGCUCUCGCAGGCGGGAUGUUUCUCUACAUUGCACUGGCUGACAUGUUCCCUGAGAUGAACGAAGUGAGUCGGGAGGACGAGCGGAGCGGCAGCGCUUUGAUCGCUUUUGCUAUCCAGAACGCGGGGCUGCUCACGGGAUUCGCCAUUAUGGUCCUCCUCACCAUGUACUCAGGACAGAUCCAGAUCGGAUAGGGACACGCGCCAGGCCCACCGCAGGCACGUGGACUGUGUGAAGCACAGCGGGUUUUUCUUCUUCUUCCAGGGAUUACAGGAAAGGUGACGUUUAUUGAAACCUGCUUCAGAAACUUCUCAUCGGAUGAACUUCAGUGGCUGGUGAAGCUCCUUAAUAUAGGAUCAAGUGACCUAAAGACCCAUUUCCUUGUGUAGCCACAACCCCUUGCUUCCUCCCUUUCGCCAACAUCUUCUGCUAGACCGGGCAUGGGCAAACUUGGGCCCUCCAGGUGUUUUGGACCCCAACUCCCACCAUUCCUAACAGCCUCAGGCCCAUUUCUUUCCCCCCUCAGCCGCUUAAGCUUAAGGGCCCAGUGUGUUAGUAGGCCUCAGUAUGAGUAGGAUUCAGUGUGAGAAGAGGCAUCAGUCUGAGAGAGCCCUCAGUGUGAGAAGGCGUCAGAGGGCGAAAGGCCUCGGUAUGAGUAGGCCUCAGUGUGAGAGAGGCAUCAGUCUGAGAGAGCCCUCAGUGUGAGAAGGCGUCAGAGGGCGAAAGGCCUCAGUAUGAGUAGGCCUCAGUGUGAGAGAGGCAUCAGUCUGAGAGAGCCCUCAGUAUGAGAAAGCGUCAGAGGGCGAAAGGCCUCGGUAUGAGUAGGCCUCAGUGUGAGAGAGGCAUCAGUCUGAGAGAGCUCUCAGUGUGAAAAGGCAUCAGAGGGCGAAAGGCCUCGGUAUGAGUAGGCCUCAGUGUGAGAGAGGCAUCAGUCUGAGAGAGCCCUCAAUGUGAGAAGGCGUCAGAGGGCGAAAGGCCUCAGUAUGAAUAGGUGUCAGUGUGAGAAGAG